AGCAGAAGCUUUACAUUCUGGGUUACAAAGAGACGGAGUCAAGAGAGAACACUUUGUGACAUUCAUGAAGGGUGUAAUAGACAACAAACAUGCAGAGGUAGCACCUCUACUGAAAGAGAAUGAGGAAUGUUGGUACUUGCCUCUCUUUGGGGUGUACCAUCCUAAAAAACCUGGCAAGAUUAGAGGUGUUUUUGACUCAUCUGCUAUUUAUGAGGGAUUAUCCUUGAACAAGGUGUUACUCAAAGGACCUGAUCUGACAAACAGUUUAAUUGGUGUCUUGCUUAGAUUUCGCCAGGAGCAUGUAGCAGUAACAGGAGAUAUAGAACAAAUGUUCUAUUGUUUCUUUGUCAGAGAGGACCAUCGGAACUUCUUGAGGUUCUUAUGGUAUAAAGACAAUGAUCCCAAGAAGAACCUGAUCGAGUACCGCAUGUGUAAGCAUGUCUUCGGCAACAGUCCAUCGCCAGCAGUAGCCACAUAUGGACUUAGAAGAACCGCAGAAGAAGCGGAAGUUGAAUUCGGAAGCGACAUGAGAGACUUUGUCGACAGGAAUUUCUAUGUCGACGACUGUCUGACAUCGAAGAGAUCUCCUCAAGAGGCUAUAGAUUUGAUGACCCGGACUCAGAAGGCACUCCAGACCACAAACAUUAGACUGCACAAGAUAACGUCUAAUUGUCAGGAAGUGAUCGACGCAUUUCCUAGAGAGGACUUAGUUGGAGAUCUAAGAGACCUUGACUUAGGCAUUGAUG